CACCGACGGGGCGCCGUGCUUGCGCGCCACGAGCAGCUCCCCGGCCUCGAGGCUCCGCUUCCUCGUGGCAGCGUCGGCCUCCCCAGCCCGACGCCGCGUCUCGUCUCUCCCGUGGUCAACCUGCGUGGGACAAUCUCGCUAAGCCUUUGCCAGAGCAGGAGCGCGGAGGACAGGGCAACGGUCCUGCACUGCCAUCAUCGACUGCUUGCCACUUCCAGGUUUUAGAAGAUUUACGCACUAUUUGGAACUGGGUAGUGACAGAAAAGCUGCAUAUCAACCCAAGAGACAGAGGACUAUAUUCUGCAAUUCUUGUUCUUGGGAAGACAUUUGGCAACCUAGUGGUUGAAUUGUGGGUACACUCGAUGGAAAAUAGUGCCUCUCAUACACCAUUGGGUGACAAGACUAACACUACUAAUAGAGGAAGCGAUGUUGCACAACGCAGGAAAGAAAGGGAUAAGGCUCGAUGGCACGCAAUGUCGCAAGAGAAAAAAGACGAAAAAAAUAAAAAACGUCGAGAAGCAUAUAAAAGAAGAAAGGAGCAACAACUAUGUAUCGGAACUACCGAUGGUUGUAUAUUAUAAAUGUUGGUGAAUAAUAAUAUAAGAUACUAUUGUUGUUUCUCAUAUUCGUUGUAUCAUAAUUGAUAGAUGCUCAGGAUUCAUCAAACAAGGAAAAUGUGGAUCCUAAUAAAACAGAUGAUUGGUUGCAUAGGAAUGAUUCACUCCAUGCAAACAAUAUUGAUGAAAUACUUAUAUCCCCGAUGUCUGGUAAUAAAAUUAUUGUUAGUAUGGAAUCAACACCUACAUUAUUGUGUUGAGUAGUUUUAUAUACAACGAGAGGAUCAUUGAUGGAUAUUUGGUGUGUAUUGUUUGCCUUCCUACUAUCUUAACUCAAACACGACUAUGUAGGUGAUGCUGGUGAUGUAGUUACUGCUCGCAGCAUAAUUAAUCAGGCAAUGCGAUCACAAUGCACUGAUGCUUCACGUAAGAGAGAGUUAACAAAUGAGCAAGUCAUGGCUCAUCGUGCAAAGUGUAGGAUGCAACAUGCAAACAAGACACCUGAGCAACGGGACCAAAGGCGCAAGCGACAGAGGCUUUAUAAUCAAGUUCCAUCUCAUAAAGAGGCAAUGAAAGUGGCUAAAAAAUGCUCCAGGGAGGUGCGGACACACACUUUAAACAAUGAGUCCAUCGCAAUGGAAAAUCCACUCUUUAAUCCAAUUAUGGAGUGGCCCACUGCAAACUCAUCUAUGCCAGCUCAUGGACCCACAGUAAACCCUAGCGAUUGGGCUAUCCCAGAAUCCACUGCAACACCUAUUUGCUUCCCACAAGCUCCUGAUGAGACAAAUGAAGAUGAUGAUGGACGCAGUGAUAUAUCGCCAGGUCAUAUGACACAUAGACAAAAUAUACCAUGUGGGCAAAGGCAUGCAUUGUUAACCCGCCGUAACAAUGUGUUUGAGCGCCUCAUCGGUCAGAACACGGGAAAAACUAAUAAAGAGGGUGAAGACAACGUGGAAGAAAAUACGCCAUUACCUCAGUCAACCGUGACCAACAACGGAAGCGCUAGAUCAAACAAUCAAAAUGCAUCAGCUACACCUGGACAACCAUUAUUUGAUGAUACAGAUGAUGAUGAGGGUGAUAUAUUUGAAGAUGAUGAGGAAGAGGAUGAGGGAUACUUGUUUGCUGGGCAAGAAGAAUCAGAUGAUGAUGUCCAAAGUGAUACUACUGAGGAAGACACGACUUCUAACUUUGAAGGACCUGACCCGUAUGAAGUGGUGUAUAGUUACAUGCCUAGGGAGACACACAUGCUAAAACCUGUACCAGAUUGCAAACAUUGUGGAGCAAAGAGAUUUCCAAAAGAACCUCCUGAGUUUUGUUGUCGCAGCGGAAAGGUUGAGCUGCAUGCGCCUGUCAUACCAAACCAGCUCAUGAGGCUUUGGACAAGCUCUGACGCGGAUGCUAGGCACUUUCGUAACAAUAUCAGGUUUUUCAAUGGCCACUUCUCUUUCACUUCCCUAUAUUGUCGCCUCGACAGUGCUACUGCUAACAUUAGAAACAGCGGCAUAUAUACUUUUCGUGCACAUGGCAUGAUCUAUCACAACAUAAGGUCAUUUGGCAGAGAAGAUGGUAAGGAGCCUAGGCAUCUUGAGCUUUACUUCUAUGAUGACGAUCCAAGCCUUGAGUACCGCUACCGAAGGUGUCGUGAAGAGCAGUAUCAAAAAGAUAAAGAAGUUAUAGACAGACUGGUGGCCAUCCUUCAUGAUAACCCGUACUCACAACAUUUGAGGAGUCUGGGGCACGCUGAACAUCUCGAGGACUAUCGUCUUACACUUAACCUUGAUCAGCGAUUGGACCAAAGGACAUACAAUGUGCCGAUGGCUUCAGAGGUGGCUGCUGUUUGGAUCGAAGGUAGUGAACUCCUUGGUCAAUUUCAGAAUAGUGUUGUCCUACAUGGGAAAGAUAGGAGCAGGCAUGGUAUCCGAUCAUACCAUGGAUGCUAUGAUGCUCUUUCAUACCCACUCUUCUUCCCUAGAGGUGAGCUUGGAUGGCAUAUGGAUAUCCCAAAGAAAGGUGUUACCAUGGAGGAUGUCAACACGGCUCGUGCCCUACGUAAGGCUCGUAGUGGUACUGAAGAAGAAGAAACAGGUUUGUUUAUCUCCUUGUACUUUUCAUGCAUAUCAAACCUUAUCACAUGAACACUUCUAAUAUCAUAGUUUUGACAGACUCUCCGGGAAAUUUAUGUGUUUCUGUGCGUGACUACUACUGCUACAAGUUCCAGAUACGGCCAGGAAUAUUUAAUCCCAUACUUUAUGGCAAGCGUCUUUUCCAACAAUUUGCAGUGGACACGUACAUCAAAAUCGAGAGUUCUCGAUUGGAUUACAUACGCAAUCAUCAAACGGAGAUUACGGCCGAUCGCUACCAAGGAUUGGCUGAUAGCCUGCAUGCUGGUGAGGGUAGAUCAGAAGCUGUUGGAAAGCGAACAGUGAUGCCUUCAUCGUUUAUCGGA